AUGCUGCGGCAAGCGAUCUACGGCGCGCUCAAAGCCUCGUUCUACUGGCUCGGCUUGUUUGUGAGCCGGCACCCGGUGUUCUUUUUGACCGUUCCCGCUGUCCUCACGGCGCUGCUGGGUGGUGCGGCACUGCGAGGCUUCGCGCCCGAGGCGGACCUGGAGCGGCUGCUCGCGCCCGCGCACAGCCUCGCCAAGGUCGAGCGGCGCCUGGCCGACAGCCUUUUCCCGGUGGAGCGCUCCAAGCAUCGUCUUUACUCGGACCUACACACGCCGGGCCGCUACGGUCGGCUCAUCCUGCUCGCUAAGCGAGGUGGCAACGUGCUCGAGCUCGCCGAGCAGGUGCUGCGCGUGCACCGGCACGUGCUGGAACUGCGCGUGGCGCACCGGGGCUUCAACUACACAUUCGCGCACCUCUGUGUGCUGGACGGGCAGCGCGAGCGCCGCCGCUGCGUGCUAGACGACAUCCUCGCAAUUUUUGAGGACAUCCGCGAGGCUGUUCUGAACAACAACACUUUCGCUAAAGUGCCAGUAAGCUACCCGAACACGACGUUAAAGGAUGGAAGAGUGGCAUUCAUUGGGCACCAGCUGGGCAGCGUGGUGCUGGCACCACACGGACGUGAUCGUCAGGUCAAGUCAGCUCGCGCUGUCCAGAUCACCUACUAUCUGCGCCGGCUGGCUCCCGCAGCUCAGGAUGCCAUUGCAGAGAAAUGGGAGAGCGAGUUUGGCAAGUUGGCACAACGUUUGGCCAUAUCCAGCCCGGACCUGCACGUGCAGGCGCUGACAUCAUUUGGUCUGUGGAGGGACUUUCAUGCCACAGGCGCACUGGCUAAGAGUGAGGUACUGGUGGGACUGGUGCUCGUGCUGCUGGCCGCCACUAUUUCCAGCUCCAUGCGUGACUGCCUACGUGGCAAGCCCUUCCUGGGCCUGCUUGGUGUGCUGACCAUCUGCAGUGCCAAUGUCACAGCUGCUGGAAUAUUCUUCAUUUCACAUGGCAAGUUUAACUCCACGCUGCUUGGCAUCCCCUUCUUUGCUAUGGGGCAUGGAACCAAAGGAGUUUUUGAGCUUCUGGCUGGCUGGAGAAGAACCCGGGAGAGUCUGCCCUUUAAAGAGCGAGUGGCAGAUGCUUUUGCCGAUGUGAUGGUAUGCUACACCAUGACCAGCUCAUUGUAUAUUAUCACCUUUGGCAUGGGUGCCAGUCCUUUCACCAACAUCGAAUCUGUAAAGGUAUUCUGCCAGAGCAUGUGUGUGGCGAUCCUUGUAAAUUACUUCUAUGUCUUCUCAUUCUAUGGCUCCUGUCUGGUGUUUGCUGGCCAGCUGGAGCAGAAUCGCUACCACAGUGUUUUCUGCUGCAAAAUCCCCUCUGUAGAAUACUUGGACCGCCAACCUACAUGGUUCAAGACAAUGAUGAGUGAUGGCCAUGAUCUCUCCACACACCAUGACAGUAUGCCCUACCAGAACCACUUCAUUCAGCACUUCCUGAGAGAGCAUUACACAGAGUGGAUUACCAACACAUAUGUAAAGCCCUUUGUGGUGAUUCUCUACCUGAUUUAUGCCUCUUUUUCAUUUAUGGGAUGUUUACAAAUUAGUGAUGGCUACAAUAUUGUGAACCUUCUAGCCAGUAAUUCACCCAGUGUGUCAUUUGCUCUGACCCAACAAAAAUUGUUCAGCAACUACAGCCCAGUGAUUGGGUUCUACAUCUAUGAGCCAAUUGAAUACUGGAACUCCACAGUUCAGGAGCACCUCAAGACAUUAGGCCAGGGCUUCAAUAAGAUUUCAUGGAUUGAUAACUACUUUAGUUAUUUAAAAGUCUCAAAUGUCAGUGCGUCAACCAAAACCGAUUUCAUAAACAUUCUCAAGACUUCCUUUUUAAAGAGGCCAGAGUAUCAGCACUUCACAGAGGACAUCAUUUUCUCAAAAAAUGGGAAUGAGUAUGACAUCAUUGCAUCCAGGAUGUACUUAGUAGCUAGAACCACAGAAAAGACAAGGGAGGAAGUGGUGGAGCUGCUAGAAAGACUCAGACCACUUUCCCUUAUAAAUAGCAUUAAGUUCAUCGUCUUCAACCCCACGUUUGUAUUCAUGGACCGCUACAGUUCCUCUGUUAUCUCCCCAAUUUUAACAUCAAGCUUUAGCGUCCUGACCAUCCUCAUCCUUACUUUCUUCCUCGUCAUCAACCCACUGGGAAAUUUGUGGUUGAUCUUGACAGUCACCUCUGUGGAACUGGGCGUCUUAGGCCUCAUGACACUCUGGAAUGUAGAUAUGGACAGUAUUUCAAUCCUGUGCCUUAUUUAUACUCUCAAUUUUGCCAUGGAUCACUGUGCCCCCCACCUUUACACUUUCAUACUGGCCACUGAGCACACCAGGACUCAGUGCAUUAAGAUUUCGCUCGAGGAGCACGGGGCAGCCAUUUUACAGAAUGCCUCUUGCUUUGUGAUUGGGAUUAUGCCCCUGCUCUUUGUGCCUUCCAACCUGACCUACACACUGUUCAAGUGCUCGCUUCUUACUACAGGCUGUACAGUACUGCACUGUUUUGUCAUCCUUCCAGUGUUCUUGACUUUCUUCCCACCUUCGAAGAAGAGACACAAGAAAAAGAAACGGGCAAAACGGAAAGAGCGGGAAAGGGAGAGGGAGCGGGAAAGGGAUGAGAUAGAGUGUAUCGAGGUCAGAGACAACCCUGACCAUGUGACCAGUGUCUAA